UCGGGCGGCGGGAGGAGCGGCAGCGGGCAGGCUACUCAGCUUCGCGAAGGCUCUCGGCGCGCCCGGCUCUCGCCCGCCCCGCCGCCACGAUGCCCAAGAGGAAGGUCAGCUCCGCCGAGGGGGCGGCGAAGGAGGAGCCCAAGAGGAGAUUGGCGAGGUUGUCAGCUAAACCGGCUCCUGCAAAAGUGGAAACGAAGCCAAAAAAGGCGGCGGGAAAGGAUAAAUCUUCAGACAAAAAAGUGCAAACAAACGGGAAAAGAGGAGCAAAGGGAAAACAGGCGGAAGUGGCCAACCAAGAGACUAAAGAAGACUUGCCUGCAGAAAAUGGAGAGACUAAAAACGAGGAGAGCCCACCCAGCCUCUGAUGAAGCAGAAGAGAAAGAAGCCAAGUCUGAUUAACAACCACACACUCAGUCCUGUCAGUGGGCCCUGUUUCCCUUCUUGUACAAUCCAGAGGAAUAUUUUUAUCAACUAUUUUGUAAAUGCAAGUUUUUUAGUAGCUCUAGAAACUUUUUUAAAAAGGAGGGAAUCCCACCUCAUCCCAUUUUUAAGUGUAAAUGCUUUUUUUUAAGAGGUGAAAUGAUUUGCUGGUUGUUUAUUUUUUGGUACAACCAGAAAAUAGUGGGAUAUUGGAUAUGGGAGGCUUUGAUUGUCUUGGGUGUCAGCUUAACAUUCCAUAGAUGGGGGGUAGCUUUUAUAUCCUAUAAUACAAAACCAUACUAAAUGGCAGUUUGGAGUCAGUUGUGCAUUUAAUGACUUGAACACUUUAAAUUACUUCUCUUCCCAUAUUGUUUUGGUAGAAUUAUUUCCUACAGCACACCGCUUUUUGAUCUUGGCUCUCCUGGUCAGAAUUUUGUGCACUAUACUAUAACAUCUUUGG